ACCCGUCUAUGCCAGGACACACGCUGGUGCUGCUGGACACAGAAGGACUUGGUGAUGUGAAAAAGGGAGACUCUGAGAAUGACGGCUGGAUCUUCUGUCUGGCAGUUUUGCUCAGCAGCACCCUGGUGUACAACAGCAGAGGAACCAUUGAUAAUAAUGCACUGGAACAGCUGCAAUAUGUUGUAGAGCUGGCUGAGCGGAUCAAAAUCAAAUCACAAUCAUCUGCAUCAGAAGAUGAAGAUGGGGAAGAAGCUUCUCAGUUUGUGUGUUUUUUCCCACAAUUCGUAUGGUCUGUUAGAGAUUUCACAUUGAAAUUGGCAAUUGAGGGAAAAAACGUUACAGAGGAUGAGUACCUCGAAUCUACUCUUGAGCUGAAGAAAGGUGUGACUAAGAAAAUCAGUGACUACAACCUGGUUCGUGAAUGUAUCCGGCGUUAUUUCCGUUCCCGGAAGUGUUUCGUGUUUCCAUUUCCAGCAUCACAGGAAAACAUGCCACGUUUAGAGAGCCUUCAAGAGCAGGAACUUAUGCCAGCUUUUCAGGAAACUACAGACCGUUUCUGUAAAUACAUCUUUAACAAGAGCGCUGUAAAAACACUAAAAGGGGGUCACAGUGUUACUGGGAAAAUGCUUGGUCAUCUGGCUCAGAUUUAUGUAGAUACAAUCAGCAGUGGUCAAGUGCCCUGUCUGGACAAUGCAGUGGUUACUCUUGCAAAUCUGGAGAACCAGGCAGCUGUUGAAGAAGCUUUACAAGUGUAUAAGAAUGGCAUGGAAAAGGUAAAGAAUACGUUUCCAAACAGUAUGGAAAAUAUUACUUCCGAGCAUCUGAAAUCCAGCAGUCUGGCCAUAUCUGAGUUCACCAAACGCUCCUUUAAAGAUGAAAAGGCAGAAUUUCUGACCAAACUUGAGGAAGACAUACGUGAAUACUAUGUAAACUUGCUGGGAGAGAAUGAUAUGGCAUCAGAGGGGAAGUGCAGAGAGCUGUUGAAGAAUCUGUUCUCUGAAAUGAGCGGACGACUGACAAAUGGAGAAUACAGUCAGUGUGGAGGAUAUGAAGUCUACUGCAAAGACAGAGAUGCCAUCAUUGAAAAAUACUAUAGUGAGCCUAAUAAAGGAGUUAAGGCCGAAGCUGUGCUAAAAGAGUUUUGGGAAAACAGAGCAGAUGAAGCAAAAAUCAUCAUUGACGCUGAUAAAAAACUCACUGAAAAUGACAGAAAGAUCCAAGAGGAGAAAGACAAGGCUGCUCUGAUGGCACAGAGGUGUAAAGAAGAAGAGGAGAAACUAAUCCAGAGUGAACAAUUAAGGGAGGCAGAGAAAAAGCGGCAGGAUGAAAUAAAGACGCAGAUGGAGGAGAAGUUCAAGGAGGAGAUGGAGAAACAGAAGAAUGAGAUGGACAGAGCUCUGGAGAGUAAACUGAAAGAGCAGGAAGAACUGCUAAACAAAGGCUUUAAAGAUAAAGCUGAUCUUCUUGGUCAAGAGAUAGAUAGUCUAAAAAAUGGUAACCAAAAGGUAUCUGCUGCUGGCAUUGUGAGGGAUUUUGUGAUGCCACUUCUAACUUCUAGCCUAGAGGUGAUUCCCAGCAUUUUAAUGCAAAGAUCAACAUUGAGAGCGCUUAAAAGAAAAUAACCUGAUACGUUUUAGAUUAGAUUAGCUUUAUUACUGUAAAGCUGCUUUGAUUAUAAAUAAAAUUUAAAUUGAGUAGUUUUAGAUUUUUACAUCGCUGUGGUCCUGCUGCAGGCGCAUCACAGCCAUAUUUCCCCUCUCAAUGUUAAGCAGCAUGUGGUUAGUUUAUGGACAUACCAUUUAUAAGAUUCGCAUGUUACUGAACAUUUAGAUGCCAAAUGCAGAAUGUUAUUAGAGUGUAACAAAGAAACAGUAACAGUUUAUGCAGAUAUGUAGUCAGCAGAGUAUUCAUAUGUUGUACUAGACCACAAUAUCUGGUAAUAAACGUUGUCCUGUUGCAAAUAUUUGACAGCUUUGGUGGCUUUCAACUUAUGCUGUAACACAAAUAUGCUGUAUAACCUGCUCUAUAGACCUUUGCGUGUUUGCAAACAGAGAUGACGUUUUUUUGUGGGCGGAGCCCAACUGGUGGCAGAAAGUGAAUGCUUCUCUAUAACUGUGUUUUAGCAUUAAACUGUGAUUUUUAAGGA